AGCACCCUUGUGGUUUAAGCUCCCCAGUGUAAAACAAGCAACUCAAGCAAAUACUCUCUCUCUCUCUCUCUAUCUCUCAAUCUAUCUAUCUAAGAUCACUCCCAAAUUAAGAGCACAUACAGUAGGGCCUAAGCAUGUUCACUGGGUCAACUACAAAAAAUGAACACUUCACUGUGUGAGCUCCACUACACCAGCUAUAAGCUUAGAGCCAUGCAUAAUUCCUUUUAUGAAAAUGGGGCAUGAAAUGAAGCUCCUGAGGUUCUUCAGCAGGAUUGAGCUGCAAAAGGUCGGUUUCGCGAUCGGCACGGGGUGUCUUCUAGUCUCAUUGAUAUAUGUUUCGGUGUUCAAGUUCGACGUAGUUUCGUUGCUGAAUUCAACAUCAUCAUCUGCUUUGAGUGCAUCCCCUUCGAAUCAUCGAGUCGAAGAUAUAGUUUGUUCUCAGCAAUUCGAUGAAAGAAGCGAAGAUUCGAUUCUCGGGAAGAAGCUGAUGUGCAAUUUCUCGAGCAGUAGAACAGAUAUAUGCGAAAUCGAAGGAGAUGUGAGAAUCCUGGGGAAAAACUCAUCCAUUUUUUUAGUCGAUUCGCGAGAAAUAUACGAUCCGUGUGGAGAUGAAACAUGGUGGAUCAAACCUUAUCCGCGCAAGUCGGAUAAAGAAGCCAUGAGGAAUGUUGGGGAAUUGACAUUGAGAUCAUUGAAUUCUCUCGAAGACGCCCCUCGAUGCACCGAUCGUCAUCACGAGCCUGCUAUCGUGUUCUCGGUUCGCGGUUACACGAAGAAUUACUUCCACGCCUUCACCGACGUGCUCGUCCCUCUCUUUGAAACUUCUUACGACUUUAACCGGGAGGUCCGGUUUCUCGUCACGGAUUUUAGGCCCAAGUGGAUGAACAGGUUCCUUCCGAUAUUCAAGAAUCUCUCGCGGUACGACGUGAUCAACCUCGAUAAGGACGACAGAGUUCUUUGCUUCCCUCGUGCCAUCGUCGGUUUGAGACGCCACGCCGACCUCAGCGUCGACCCUUCUCCGUCGCCUAAGGGCUAUUCAAUGGUCGACUUUGUGAGAUUCAUGCGGCGCGUAUAUUCGCUCAAGAGAGACUCGGUGGUCGGAACUAAAAGGCCAAGGUUGCUGAUCAUCACAAGGGAGGAGACGAGAAAAUUCGUGAACACAAAGGAUAUAGUUCACUUGGCGACGGAAAUGGGCUACGAAGUGGUGGUAUCAGAGGGUCAAGCAGAUUUGGCUCAAUUCUCGCGAGUCGUGAACUCAUGCGACGUGAUGAUGGGUGUUCACGGAGCGGGCCUAACGAACAUCGUUUUCCUCCCGACGAACGCGGUUUUGAUCCAGAUAGUCCCCUGGGGGGGACUAAACUGGGCCGCGAGGAUCUGCUUCGAAGAACCAUCAAAGGAAAUGAAGUUGAAGUACUUGGAGUAUAGUAUCAGCGAAGAGGAGAGCACUGUUAUAGGACAGUACAUGCGAAAUCACUCCGUGUUUAAAGAUCCCGGUUCGAUUCGCAAGCAAGGUUGGAAUGCUUUGAAGGAAGUGUUCCUGGAUAAGCAAGAUGUGAAUUUGGAUCUGAGGAGGUUUAAGCCUGUUUUAGAGAGAGCUCUUGAGCUUGUCCAUACACAUAGUAGAGAGUAACUUCACUAUAUAGGUAUGUUUUGUUUAUAUAUAUAUAUAGAGUCUAAUGCAAAUUUUUUUCUCUAUAUAUAUAUACAAAGUAUUCAUUUGUUGCCCAUGAGGGUGAAAAGAAACAUCUCAAUUGUGUAGUGCACAAUUCAUAGAAACACAUUAAUUUGUUGUAGUAAAGCAAAAAGGUGAAGUUCUCAAAGAACUGUAAUUUGAUGUAAAACUUAGAUGAGAACAAUUUUUUUGAUCAUUAGUUACAUUAA